ACACAGAUUGUCUUAGACACUCCUGGAGCUCAUGAUGCGCUCUGUAACAGCUUCAUGGUGUGUGGAUCUGUUCGUGGUUUUGUGUCCCUGGCUUCUUUUUAUCCAAGCAGACCGGAUUAUGAGAAACACAGCGGACCGACAGAAGUCCACAAUCACAGGUAAACUCUGUCACUGCAGCCUGUACACACGAGUCUGGUGGCCACGAGGGGCUAUUUUCAAGGAGAGAGCCGGUGCAGGAUGAACUUUUUCAACAUAGGCACAUAUCAACCUCUCGAAAAGAAAGUAGGCCGACAUUAUGUAGUGCGUCAUGCAUGAUUCUGUGUUUUUAUUCGUAGCAUCAGGUGGUUGUCCUUUUGGCUGUAGACGCAAGUUUAGCUGUCCAAAAUCAGCAGAAACUAUUCUGCCUGUAUACCACUGAAACUUGGCAUCAGCUGUGAAUUUUCCCCUGUUUUUUUUUCUUUUUUUGGCGAAAACUUGGAGAUUUCAUACAUCCAAUCAGUAGCUUUUAGAUUUCAUACAUAACUUUAUGUACUGCACUGGUAAUGUUCUUACAAGUGUCCUUCUCUGAAAGUUAAAAACAAAAAAACUUGCGUGUGAUUAUCUGUAACUUAUUGCUGUACUAAUUGACUUAGACAUCUAAUGUGAUGAAGAGUAGGGGAGAGUGGGGUUAGUUGAGCCAAAGGGUAAGUUGAGCCACCACCCUUGAAAAUGGUAAAAGAAAUUGAUCAUGUGACCAAAUAUUUAGGAAAUGGGCAUCAAUUCAUGGAGUCUGUGACAGUUAGAAGUACAUAGGUGAAGGGGUUAGACAUUUAUUUACAAAAAAAACAUUUUUCACUCUUGAAAGUGAAUUGAGUCUGUCAUAAGUUUUAUUAGUAUUGUGUUCAGACCAAAAAAGAUCAUUUUAAAUUUGUUUUAUACAUCAAUUGUGGUAUCUAUGAGCUACAAUGUGAGCAUAAAAGUCCACAAUUUUAGAUCAGAGGACUAAUAAAGUCAUAACAGUAGUUCAGGGCUAAGUUGAGUCAGUGGCUCAACUGAGGAAAGUAAGUCUGAUGAGAGGAUCAGAGUUUCAGUUCAGAUUGUUGAAAUGUGUUACUUUUUCUUUUCAAAAAUACAGCUGUGAAUGUUCUGAAUCACUUAAAGGUUUUCUUCUUAAAAUGUCUUUUUACGAAACAGCUUUUUAGCAGUUUUAUGCAAUAAUAAUAAAAAUAAUUAGUAGUAGAGAGUAGGUGGUAGUGGGGAUACAGCUCAACUUAUACUCAUAUACAACUUAUACUCCUAUACUCUUUACCCAUACACGGGGUAAGAUGACCAUAGGAGACCACUUUUUUUGGUAUGCUAUAUUAUGGAGACAGUUAUGUUUACACUCAUUCUGUUGGUUUGCAAGGAUGCACAACAUCUUAAAAUAUAUGCAGAUACACUAGUUAGAGACAAAACUAUGAUUGCCUUGAUGUAGUGAUCCGAAUUAUGAAAAAGGGCUCAUUUUACCCCACUCUCCCCAAUUUUGAAUUUUUAGUGUGAAUAAUGUUUGUUUAAAAAAAAAAUCUAAGGAAACAUUUUAUCAUGAUACACGUGUGAUAUCUGUCAAUGGUUCAGUAUUUCUUUUAUGUUUUGGUCAACAAGCCCAAGUUUCUGAACUGAUCAGUGUGUUGUUUUUUUAAGAGGUUAUUACAGCAUUUGGAUCAUGAUUUCAGGGGAUGAUUUUAUUGACCAAUGUAAAACAAUUUUAAGUUUUGUAUAUUUAAGCUAUCCCUGAGUGAAACAAUGACAGCUGAUGCUCCAACUUCGACCCUCUUUGACACUCAAACAUCCCACUUACACAUUUGCAUUGUGUUGCCAUGGUGACUGCAGAGGAGCUACACUUACUCAGCAUUUGUGUUUUUCUUGCAGGGCUUGGGGUGAAGGAGCACUCACAGAUUGUUGCCCAGCACAAUAGGCUGCGAAGCCGGGUCAAACCCAUGGCGGCGAACAUGCAAAAAAUGGUUUGUGGCAUCCAUUGUCUCUUUUUUUUUGUCUGACUGGUGUGAGUGCUGUCUCUUUUAAUGUGAGUUUAAGAUAGUUUGACAUUGUCCAUUUAUUAUCACUGUACUUUUGUUGAAAGAAAACAAGCGGGUUUAUUGUCCACUUCGUGGGUUUUCUGCCUACAGUUGAGUGUCUCUAAAGCACAUUUUUGCUUUAAGGACCUACUUUGAUUGUUCCAUGAACUCUGUGGAACAAUACUGUCUUUAAGCAUUGCCAUUCUGAACAACAUGCUUUUAAACUUAAUUAAGCUUGCAGAUGCUGAGCCAAGAAUUAGACAGUAAUAAUGAUCAGAGUGGGAGUGUUAUAGUGUGAACUGUUUGUUUCCAGAAAAAAAAAAAAAAAAAAAACAUCCAGAAAAGAAACGACAAAACUAAUAAGUGAAGGCCCAUAUGAAAUGUUUUAGGAGCAGUUGUCAUAGUUUUAAGUCUGGACCCCAUUUCAUUUUAUAUUUUUAGUCCAUUUUCCAAAAGAUUAUAGAGAAAAAGUGAAAUUAUUCCAGUAGAAAGCCUAAACAAACAGCAGUGAUUAAGGACCUUGAUUGAUAGUGCAUAACUUAAACAAAUGCGCUGUUGAAUGUCCACUAAAAUUGCUUGUUUUUACCAAUUACAGAUUACAACAGAUAUAGACAUAUUUGUCACAAAGUAAUGCAAUUUACAUGUCUCCUUUUAAAGCCAUCAGUCUCAGCUGAACUUAGAAAUGAGGGCAGCUGUAGACAGCAUUUUAUCUCUGUGUACUUUGAGAUAAAAUUACUGAUUUUGUCAAUGGAGUUUGUUGAACUUAAUGUAAAAACUGUUGGGUGUUUAGAAACAUCCUCCUCUUUUUGAAAAUAGGUUGAUGUGUAUUUCUCUAUCAUGUUGAAAAAUAAUGAUCCAAGCCGAUCAGUGCCAUAACAGGGACUUUGAGAACAUAUAGGACAUACUUGAAGCUAUUGUGAGGUACAUUUGAGUUGUGUGAAUUUUUGAGACUCUUGUGGACAAAUGGUGCACAAAAAAGUAAUGUCAAACACUAAAACUUUGAUAGAAGGGUACUGCAGCAGUUUUAGCAACUCAACAGCUAUGGCAACUCUAAGCUAUUUUGCACACCUGAUUCAAAUGAUGAGCUCGUUAUCAAGCUCUGUAAUGGCUUCAUAACGAGCUGAUCAUUUGAAUCAGGUGUGUUGGAGCAGGGAAACAUCCAAAACGUGCAGGACAGUGGGCCUCGAGGACUGGACUUGAGAACCACUGUCCCCGCCUAAUGAUACAGGUUUUAGUCUCAGGUCAUGGAAAAAAAACACAGGUACCUAAAGACAGUAGUAAGACACUGAAUGAUAAUGUCAACGUCUCCUUUACAGCAGAGCUGAUUGUUACGGUGUGUUUGACCCUAACUUACUUUUACGCCGAAAUAUCCCUUUACUGUUGAAAAAUAAGGUAAUGGAUUGAAGGUACCAGAUUUCCCUGAGAAGUUGAGCUUUCCUCCUCUGUAGUUCUGAGAGUGUCAGCAUUGUACACCAGCAGAGUUCAUGAACCAUUUGUCUUGCUGUGGUGUAAAUGAAAGUGCCUGUAGCAGAGUUAAUUAGCUGUGUGAAUUCAUGUGAGGGUUGCACAAUACAUCUACUCCAUUACUGGAGAAAGAAUUAAACAAAGUAGCUUUAAAAAUAGGAGGUCUCUUAAUUCUGCUGUUAAAUACAGUUAAAAUGUACUGAAUGUGCAGAGAUUUGAGAUAUAAACUUCCAAUCUCUGGUGUUUUUAAUCCUACUUCCCGUGCAACACUCCAACCUAAUCCCCUCCUUUUCUUAUCCCAUCUACUGCUUCGACGUGCAGUUCUUUAUCUGUGUUAGUGUCUCGCCUGCAUAUGAUUAUGACCAAGAGGUAUAACGAGGGAUUAAGAAAAUCACAAUACAUCCGGCAUCCUCAGGGUCUAAUAUGAGAUUUGUACCGGGGCAAACUGUCACUUUGCUGCAGAUUACAUCCUCAAAGCUACCUGCACAGACUGAGCCCUUUUCUUCGACUGCUCUUCAGCCUCAGAGAACUGUUCUCCACUGAUAAGGCGGUAAUGAGAAAAAGACGAUGUGGAUAAUCACCCUGUGUUCAAAACUCUGGUGUUACAGGUAAUUUCCCUGUGAAAGCCCUCAGAGGAAGCUCAAGAGGCAUAUGAAAGAGCUUUACUGAUAAACGUUAAAAGGCUCAAGGCCUUGGCUGUGUUUGUGAGGGUCUGAAUAAGGAUUUUUUUUUUUUACUCAGGGAUGAACCAGUCAGCAUUAUGAUGAGAUUGUGCUGAAGUGAUUAUAAUACAGUCCUUUAGGCUUUACUUCUAGGGUUAGAUAAAAUACCAAUAUUUUAGGACUGAGUGAUGCCCCUCCCUUCUCAGCCGCUGCCCUGUCUGCAGGUUUUCUUUGAGCUCUCCAGGCCAAGAAUUAUUAUGAGGUAAUAAAAGUGCUUUAAGAGGGUGAUUUGAAAGUUCACUUCUAACUUUUGAUAUGCAAACCUUAUAAUGUUAUAUUAUUUAUGUCUUUCAUAACUUCACAGACGCUCAUAGAUUAUUUUUAAUGUUGCUUAAGUGAGAAUGGAACAGAAACCUUUAUUAAAUUGGCUUAUCCAUCACAUCCUUAGAGUGGUGUCAGUGCUUUUUUCUCCAAGGAGGCUAAAAAAUACAUACUACUCAUUGACUUAUUGCAAAAGUAUAUUUAGUUGGAUUGGAAUACCUUUAUUAGUAUUUUCUAAGCUUGAAUUUAUGGUCUAAAGUAACAGUAUAGAUGACUGUCUCACUUAAACAACUCACUCGUCGGAUUUCUCACAGAAGAUAGAUGUCCUGUGACACAGCGUGCAUUGCCGUUCAUGUCUCAAGACUGUCUUAAACAGAGAUAUGGUCUCAUUUAAAUCACCUUCUGGUUUCUGAAGAGGUGUAAUAAAGCCCCUCCCAAGAAUAGUAGGUGCUACAGGAGAUAAUAACAUGACCUAACUUUGAUAAACCUAAACAAAUGAAAAAAUAUGGAGUAGAGUUGGGGGUGAAGAAUAGGGUUCCCAACCGUACCUUAAAAAACGGAAUCGUACCAUAUUUGUAAACAAAAAGACAUGUCCCGUCCUGAACUAAAACGGGACGCUCCUUUUCCCGUAUUUUCUGACAGUGUCUCUCUGCCUAACACACUGUCACAGGCUCACAUCAGCAGCUUGGCAGCUGAGCUAUGGGACAAGUUACAAAACACAGCAGACUACCAGCUAUGGGUAGUUAACAAGAGCGCGUUAUUCAUAGCAACUGUAACUGCUUCUCAUUGGUCCCCUCAUGAUUACCGACCAAUGAGCUGCCCCAGUGCUGCCUGACUCUACGUUGCUAUGGAUACUUCAUGGUGAUUGGCUUAGCUGCCUAUAAGCGUGUUUUGCCGGUGUGGGUGAAGAAGGAAAGAACCACAACAACAACAUAGAUACCUAAAUUCCCACAUUUUUCGGCCCGGUCUGAAAUAAGGGACACCCAAAUUUUAUAAGGGACACCAAAAAUUUUUUGGUUAACUGUCCCUUAUUUCAAUCUCUUGGAGUUGGCAACCCUAGUGAAGAAGACAGCAACAUGCGCCAAGUAGAGAGCCAAAACAGCUGUGCCCCUUAUCAUGCAAAUUUGUGCAAGACAUUUUUGUAGAGGUUUAUGUCUUACCUUUAUUUUAUUUAACAUGGCUAAACCAACCCAAAGCGGACAUUUGGGGAACUGCAGAUUUUUGCCCUUGUGCAUCAACUCCGUUUUCCGUCACUGGAGGUUGCUUUUUGGUCUAAAUUCUUGGGGCGUAUCCCCCUUCUGCUGCUUUUAAAGUGGUGUUCAAUACAUUUGGGUUGCCUUGUCUGCAUCCCUCUUGUACUGAGGAAUGAAGGUGCAGAUACUCAUAAGGAGAGCCAGUGGUGACAUGAGGCACAAGAAUUGUGCUCGCCUGGAUAGACACAAGUAGGAACUUUUGAAAAUGUAUUUAUUUUAGCCCUUUUUGGCUUCAUUUGGAGAGUACAAGGCAGGGGACCGAGCAGAAAAAAAGAGAGAGGAGCAGAGGGCAGCAUGCUGGGAAGGGUCACAGGUCAGAAUAAUCAAGGCCGCCUGAGUAUAUGGGGCCACACUUGGACCACUAGAUCAGCAAUUUUACAGUUUAAUUGCAUUUUACUUGCUUUCACCAAACUAGUAAUAUUCACCAUGCUCUAAAAAACUUGGUAUAGCUUUCAAACUUACUUUUGAAAAUCUUUCCCAGUGAAGGUCUGACAUGGUUGUUGAUAGUGGUCGAGCAGCACCUUAGCCCCCUCUAUUGACCCGCAGUCACUUUACAAUAAUAUAACCAUUACCCACAGGCCCACAAAUACAGAAGAACAGAGAAAAAAAUACUUAUCUUCUUGGUGAGACAUCCAUAUCCCACACAGCUGAUUUAUCAUGACAUGCUUUGAAACGAAAUCAUCUUGGAUGAAAUAUUGCCCAGUGACCCUGAACCUCUCUGGCAGCCUCUGAGUGUGAGACCAAUGAGUUAGUCUGGCUGACAUCAGAGAGCGGGGUGGACAAUGAACUCCUGGGGGUUUCAAGAGGCCUUUAUAAAGCCCACAUCAGUGUCAGAGCUCUGAUCUCUGCUUUCCAAACACUGAAAUAGGUUCUGAACAGACAUGACCUCCUAUUAUUUGGAUGUCAUUUUUACAAGUAGACAUCAUACUAUAUUGACUAAAAUUUAAAUAAAACUAAAAUAGGAUACACAGCAUUUCUAAAAAUGGUUUAUUAUAAAGUUAACCCUACUCUUUUUGAUCUAAGAUUCAAAAUAUAUCAAAGUUUACAAUCCUUUCUGCAUCUUAUGUUUUUUCACAGGAUACUUUUGAGGUUUGGCGACUAUUUACAGAAAUCUAAACAAUCCUUUUAAAAUCGAGAAAGUCUUAUCCUCAUUGUUAUUGUGCAAAGUUCUGACACUAUCCAACAAAACCAUGUGAUUUUUACCUGAGUGUAAUGAGCAAUUUUAAAAAGUGUGUGUUAUUAGGACUCAGAGCUGUGAUCACAGACUUUCCUGUAAAGCAUUACACCACAGACCUGAUAGAGCCACCCUCUGUGAUCAACAUAGGAACCCUCUGAUGUAUCAUUGAGAUUUAACAAAUGCGUCAAAUUUCUCCUUCAUCAUAAAAUGUGUGAAAAUGUAUUUUCUUGAUUGUGAAACUUGCAUUGUUUAUGUCCAGUUUUACUCUGUGAAACUGUGGUCCUGCCCUGGACUGGCAGCCUGCCCAAACUUUCUUUGACUGGCUGUGGCUGCUGGAAAGGAUUAAAAGGGUAUAUAAAAAAUCACUGUCCAAAUCUCAGGAAUGACCUUCUUGUCCAAGAGUUUCUUUCUGUCAGCGAGUCCUAAUAAAAUUCAACAAAGCAAAAUGUGACCUUCGUUCCAGACCUGAAAAGCAUCUACAAGUUUAAGAGACACCAAGGGGUUUAAUUAUUAAGUUAAAUUUUGGGAUAAUAUUAAGGAACAGGGUGAGUAAAUUUUGCUUGUUAUUGCUUCUGACAAAAUAUGACAAAGUAUGGAUUUUUGGACCCCCACACUGCCAAAAGAUUAAAGCAGUAAACCCAUUUAACUUCCUCUUUCAGCUAUCCUGCUAGUUAACUGUGGUUGUUCAUCUUGAAAAGCUGCGUUAUGUUGUUAUUAAAUCCCAUUUUUAUCUUUUUAGGAGUGGAAUGAAAAGUUGGCCUUACUUGCAGAGGAGAUAGCAGCUUCCUGCCGCGCAGACCUCUCCCCUCUACACUCCUCAACUUUCAGCCACGUCGGCUGGAACACACACCUGUCCAUCUCUGGUGUCGCCUCCUUUUCUGACGUCAUCGACUCUUGGUUCGAGGAGGGAAACGAUUUUCUUUAUUUAAGUGGACAGUGUGGAGAAAACGCCACCUGUCAGCACUACACACAGGUAUAAAUAAGCGAACACAAAGUGUAUCAGUUUGGUGAUGUUCUCAUUUGUAUGUCCUUUUACUUUACAAAGUGAUGAUCCGUAAUGUUUUCACUUUCCUUUUGGUUUAAAGAUGGUGUGGGCAACUUCAAGCCAGGUUGGUUGUGCCGCCCAGCUGUGUCCGACAGAUGGAGACCUCUGGGAGAUGUUUGUUUGUGCAUAUUUUCCAGGGUAACAGCAACACACUUCUUCCCAAAUGUCUUAAUUUCAGACACACAAUGUAACAAUUAAAAGCUAAUUAUGUUAAUAUACUGUACGUUUCCCCUGAUAGCAUCAUUACAUUCUUCUAAAUGAUACUAAAAAAAGAGAUGAUUCUGAGUUGCUGUGCACAAGAUUUAAAAUCUGUUUCCCUCUCUGUUGGUGGAUUUCAUUUGGCAUUUUAAUUGUAGUUUUAAGACUCCCACCACUACUCUACAUGGUAUUUGUUAGUUAGUGUGACUUUCAGUGUUUUUUUGUGUUGCUGCAGGGGUAACUGGGAGGUCAACGGCCAGCUGGUGAUGCCCUACAAGAGCGGGCUGUACUGCUCUCUCUGCACCUCCUCCAUGUCUGGCUGCUUCAGGCUGUGGGACCAUGUGGGUGGAUUGUGUGGUAAGACAACAUAUUUAUGUACAAGAUGCAAAUAUUCUGUCGAUUUUAAAUGUCCAGUUAUUGUCAAAGUUGCUUAUUUUGCAACCUACACAUAGACUGUAUGCAAACAAAUUUGACUUCUGAGAAACACUGAGUAUAACUUUCUGAAAGUACAUUUAGUAAAGUAUUGUCUAAAAGUUUGAUGAGGCACUAAUCCUCAAAGAUUAAGAAUAAAAAAUUGACAUAGUUUUUUUUAUUAUUAUAUCUGACCAUUUUACUGUUAUUGAAUGAUGUAUUUGCCUAAUUUCUAUUAUUAGAGUAAUGACAGCUGAUUUCAGGUAUGGCUUUAAUUUCAUAGGUGUGUUUUUCUUUGAGCUUGUCUUUUGGUGUGUCUGUGUACAUUUGCUCUCAGAGAUUCCCAAGAACCCAUGUCGGAUGAGUUGUGGUCUUCAUGGUCAUCUCAACGUUUCAUCCUGCAAGUGCAAGUGCGAGCCUGGCUUCACUGGACGCCUCUGCCAGGGUGAGCUUCAACAAAAUCAGGACAGUAUAUACACACUACUAUCAGACUAUAUCGAAAUUGGUUCUUAAGUAUGCCUUAGCAUUUGAAUAUCAAAAGUAGAGAUAUGGAUUUCACUGACCUGGGUUUCUGUUUUUCAGUGCGGUGCAGCGUGCAGUGUGUACAUGGUCAUUUCAAAGAAGAGGAGUGCUCUUGCCUGUGUGAUGUUGGUUAUGGUGGAGCUGAGUGUGCAGGUGAGAGCAGAGCUCUUUAUUCUAUGCCUCUGUGUGUCACCACUGUUUGUACCUCUUGUGCUGCGAUCCAGUUGUACUCGAGCUCCGAGUCGGAAAUUCACCUGGAACAUCCCCCUGAAGUCGGAUUUACGACUUGGAAAGUCAGACGAUCCUCACCAACUCCGACUUGAUGCUAACGUCAUAAUCCAAGAUGACAGUGUAGCGCAUCAACAGUAAAGAGUGACAGUGAAAGCUCUCGUGAUGUAUUAUUUAUUAGCACUUCUAUUUUGUUUUUCUGAAAUUAAAUUAGUGGUAUAUGAUGUACAGCCAAAUGUCUAACUGUGAACACAGUGCUAUUGUGUUUGUAAGAGUAAAAUACUGUGUUAUGCGUUGUUUACAACUUGUAUAGCUAACGACCGCUAACAACAGCUGACAAUUGUAAACAACGGCUAAUUGCAGGCAUCCAUCUUGGUUUCCCGACUUGUUAACUGGAACGCCGUCGACUCGGGUGUAGCAUCAUUCCCAGCUCUGACUUCCGAGUAAUUUUCAAAUUUGUAAAGUUAAAUUUAGGGGACGCUCCUCGGACAUAAUGCUGCAAGUUUCGAUCACAUUUCAAACUCAAACUGCCUAAAUGAUAACGUUAUAUUUCAGACUUUUCAUUGACCUUGAACCAUGACGGGUGGUCAGUGUCAUUGUUUCUUUGGGGGGGGCAUAACUGGCUGCUUGUGUGUCUACAGAGAGGGUGCAGUUCCCCUUUCACAGCUGUGACCUGAUGAUAGAUGGAGACUGCUUUAUUGUGUCUUCAGAGGCUGACACUUACUAUGGAGCCAAGAGUCGCUGUCAGGUGAGAGACAGGUGUGUGAUGACAACUUAAAAGAAGAGAGAUGAGCUUUUACAGCCUUUGUACGUCAAAUUCAGCCACAUCUAUUACAUUCUGUGAUCCUUUUUUUUUGUUUUAAUCACCAGAGAAAAGGAGGUAUUCUCGCUCAAAUCCACAAUCAGAAGGUUCAGGACAUUCUGGCGUUUUUUCUCAGUCAGCUGGUGACGAACAACGAGGUCACAAACACCGAUUUUGAGACAAGAAACUUCUGGAUAGGUACAGUGUUUCACUUUGAAAGUCUUAAUGUUUUUAAUAACACUUGACAGUACGAGCAGAUUAGGUGGCAGACUCUGCUGUGCUCUGCGUCCAGCAGAUGUGGUAGCAGGUGGAGGUUUUGGAGAUGCUGCAGGGAUAAAGCAGCAAUGUUUUUUUUGCUCCACAGGUUUGACAUACAAGCCUCUGAAAGACUCAUUUCGCUGGGACACGGGAGAGAUCUCCAAAUUCAGCAGCUUUGCCUUUGGGCAACCUGACAACCAAGGGUAAGAGACACAUUUACUCACAGAUGUUAGCGACUGUAGAGAGCAUCAAAAAACAGAAAUGGCAGAGCACAGACAGAGGAAAAAAGAUGAAACUAAAAACACAUCAUCUGAAGGGUGGAAAAUUACUUUGUUGGCAGGGGCUCCAGGCUUUUUUUAUCUGCAGAUAUGUCUGCCUGUAAGAUCAUUGUGGGAGAUGACUGAAGUUUGGUCUUUCAUCUGUUUUUAUCUCUGAAAUAAAAAUCUGGUUUUAAGAAGCACUUAAGUUCUGCAAAGGCUGUUUUUCAUUUUUUUGUUAUUUAUUUUGAGGAUGAUUUAAAAAAGAAAGUGUUGUUAGAUGUCCACCACUAGAUGUCUCUGUCUUUCUGUGUUUAUCUAUCUAUCUAUCUAUCUAUCUAUCUAUCUAUCUAUCUAUCUAUCUAUCUAUCUAUCUAUCUAUCUAUCUAUCUAUCUAUCUAUCUAUCUAUCUAUCUAUCUUUUUGUGAGAAUAGUCUCAUGCAGCGUUUGGAGGUCUUUAAUUUCUUUCUUCUUGGUCUAGUUUUGGAAACUGUGUAGAGCUGCAGGCAUCAAGUGCUUUUAACUGGAACGACCAGCGCUGUAAAACUCACAACCGGUACAUCUGCCAGCACGGUAAGACUCCUUUUGGAUGAUCAGGGAUAAGAAUUUUGAGGGGGGUAGACUCUGUAUUUUUUUCAUACCUUGGCACAAAACCAAGUAGCUGAUCACAUAUCAUAAUUCUUUGUUUCUUUUCUCUGUAAACUUCUCUUAAUUUGCUGCAGGGUUGGCUGGGUUUGUACAACAACUGAAAGCACAAAAACAAAGCUGCAUACUUUAUUGUUAAACAGAUCUGUAGUUUUAAUAAUGUUACUGCAGGAUUAAUUCCCGUUGAUACUUGUAGCCUGACCCAGCCUUGUUUUCUUUAGCUGAUCAUUAUAAGGUUUUACGUUCCCAAGAAAUUAGAAACAAGAAUACAGGAAACACUGCAAAUUGAAAAGACUGAGUGGUAAUGGAAAGAAAGAAUAAGGACUUUAUUUAUAAGCAAACUAAUUACAAAUACAAACUGAAGAAGCUUCUUUUUGCAAGCUGCUAUUUCUGCUAAGUAAGAAAUGAUUCACAGCAUCAGGAAACUCUUGAAGCACUCAGCCCUAAAUACACCUCCUCUCUCAGGAGAAAACAAAGGUCCACCAUCUGCUUAUCCACUGCCGAUCCACUCCAACUCCUCUCUGCUUUGCCUCUCCUGCUCUAAAUGCAGCAGCACCUGAUGAGCAGGCAGCUUCAGGUGUUUACGAUUAAUGCUGGGCUUAUACCAAAAGAUUUUCACAGUCCCAGACUAAAAACUGAAAGUCUUAAAUCGUAAGUCAUAAGUCUCUGAGUUUUACUGGAGUCACAGUGGAGUCACGACGUGCUCCCAUCAUCUCGAUUGCUAAGUUUAAGGUGGUAAUCUGCGCUGUUUCAUAUCGGUCUUUUCCUAGUUUUUCCAGUGAUUUAACCCAGUCAACAACCAAUAGAUGCGCUCUGACAAAAGCGGAAAGAGGAAACCUGACAGUCAAAGCAAGAAGAACUAGAAUGUAUGAAGAAGUAUCGACAAUAAAACAUAGAAACUGGAGCGGAUGGUGGAGCAAUGGGCAGGUCAGCCUUGCCUAUUCAACAUUAACUCUGUUGAAAAUGCUCAAAGAGAUAGUGUCCUUGCAAGAUUCACAGUCUUUGUAAAAUCCCAGUCUGAGACUAGACUGUGGCGAAAAACUCUAACCACUUGUCUUAAGAUGUGAGCAGGUGUGGAGACAGCACUUUAUCAGCAGAGAGUGAGUGGCACCUGAGAGCGAGAGAGGGUCAGAGAGAGGUCGAGGGAAACACAAACACAAAGGCACAUAACAUUAAUGCUGAUGAGUAAGCCUUUUAGGGAAGAGUUCCUGUCACUAGUGAGGACAGGUCCUUGGGGGUGACUUUUUAAUCUUAAUGUGAGGCUAUUUUGAAACAUAUGAUACAUACACUCAUAAUAAUAUAAUAAUAAUUAUAAUAAUGAUAAUAACUUGAUUUAUAUAGCACUUUUAAAAAGAAGAGUUACAAAGUGCUUUAUCAUGCAGUAAACAAAGAAGAUAAAAACAACAGAACAACAACAAGAGAACACUUGGGGCAAAGAGCCUUGACACAGCUAAAACUCAGACUACAUGUCCUAAUUUCUCAUUACUGGCAAUAAAGAAAUAAAAUAAAAUCAGUGGAAGACAUAUAAGCUUUGAUGAGUGUCACAAGAGUUAAGACAUCAUUAAAACAAAGACAUUAAAACAAAGACAUUAUAAUAACCCGUGAUACUCAGCCAACACAGGAACCCAAUCACAAAAACCUGAGACCAAAGGGACUAUUAUAAAACAUGAAUAAGAAGAUUGAAAGGUUUUAAAGAGGACAAGUAUGGGGCAGCCUUGGCUCAGUGGUGGAGUUUGUUGUCUCCUAAUUGGAAAGGUGAAGGUCCCCCCCCCCCAGGUCCCACUGCCCACUAAAAGGUCCUUGGGCAAGACACCGGAGUGAUUUGAGUGGUCAGAGGACUAGAGAAAGCGCUAUAUAAACAUGGUCUGUUUACCAUAAGCAGGCAAAUUUCAAGUCGAUUUUAACGGUCAAUUCUCAUUUCAAAUCCUGCUCAUCUGUGUUUCUGAGGAAUUAAAUUUUUACACCUGCUUUAAUCCAAGAAGAUUUUUUUUAUUCAGGUCUCAAUGAGGAUUAGGUCUCCUCAUUAAGACCUGUAUGUUUGGAUGAUUUCACAUUUUAUCUUGAAACUGAUGUGUCUGCCUAAAUCACCAAGGUCAAUUUCAACAAGACCAGGCUUCUAUUUUGCGUCAAGAAAAGAGGUUCUGGGGGGGUGAAUUGAAAUAGCUGGGGGUUUCGCAUUCAGGUAAAACAUAAUGGCUCCUGGAUUCACUCUAGAGAAUAUGCCCAAAAGCUAAAACACUUGUAGCAUCUAUGAAAAUUUUUUGAGUGAGCAUAUUACUGAGAGGAGCAUAGAACAUUUUGUAUUUUCUUAAGAUGUAGCGUCGCUGUAUUUGAAACUCAAAAUAAGCCUCAGUCUUGAUUUGAACCCGUCCCGUCUGCCCCCCUCUGUGCCCAGAUGAUGACUAUAACUUAUUUCACAGCCUGUGUCAGUGGUAAUCGCUGCCAAGUGGAGGGUUAAAUGUUAAUCCACUCUGCCCAUUAAUGAUGUGAACACAGCACUGAUAUCCCUGUGUGAUCCUGCCAACACAUUUAAACAUAGCAGUCAGUCUGAAUCAAUGGCACUCGGCGCUUCAGCAGCAGUCUCUCUGAGUGAUCAAUAAGCCUAAGCUCCACAAAGGGCCUCAGAGUUGAAACCCUAUCACAACACUUAGAGUGAUUAAGAGGCGUUCAAUGCUUGGUUUUGGUUUUGUCUUUUUCCUUUUAAAAGUGGUUGAUAGCUCAUCUUGUAUCGAUCACUAAAAGCUAAAUGUCUUAUGUUAACAUUUUUACUCCACCCUCAUGUCAGGGUAACUGCUUCAGCUUUUUGACAACAUUACCCCGUUUUAGUUUGUUUGUGUACAACAGCACGAAAACACGGAUCAAAGAAAUUCGAGGGCUGGAUUAUAUUUGUGGCUAGGAAAAAAAAAAAAUUCAAUCCAUCAGUUUUUCAGCUCCUCUUUCAAAACAAAAGCAAAACGUCUCUGAAGCAUCAAAGAGUGAGAUGAAUAAAUUCAGCUGAUUAAAAGCUUGCAGAGUGCCCCACACCAUCACUGCCAGUUUCAGCCUGCAUUGCUGUGUUGUGGUAAUUAGCAAUAAAAUGAUAAGUGGAUAUCACACAGCCUGAGGCGAAGACUCUGAGUAAGGUUUCUGGAGAGUACGGUGUAUGUGUGUGCUUGUAUGUGCAAAGUCAGGAUUUUAUUCGAUGCUUUAGAUCUUAACCUUUUUUGUCCACACUCCCUAGUGCACAUACACUCACCGGCCACUUUAUUAGGUACACCAUGCUAGUAACGGGUAGGACCCCCUUUUGCCUUCAGAACUGCCUCAAUUCUUCGUGGCAUAGAUUCAACAAGGUGCUGGAAGCAUUCCUCAGAGAGCUUGGUCCAUAUUGACAUGAUGGCAUCACACAGUUGCCGCAGAUUUGUCGGCUGCACAUCCAUGAUGCGAAUCUCCCGUUCCACCACAUCCCAAAGAUGCUCUAUUGGAUUGAGAUCUGGUGACUGUGGAGGCCAUUUGAGUACAGUGAACUCAUUGUCAUGUUCAAGAAACCAGUCUGAGAUGAUUCCAGCUUUAUGACAUGGCGCAUUAUCCUGCUGAAAGUAGCCAUCAGAAGUUGGGUACAUUGUGGUCAUAAAGGGAUGGACAUGGUCAGCAACAAUACUCAAGUAGGCUGUGGCGUUGCAACGAUGCUCAGUUGGUACCAAGGGGCCCAAAGAGUGCCAAGAAAAUAUUCCCCACACCAUGACACCACCACCACCAGCCUGAACCGUUGAUACAAGGCAGGAUGGAUCCAUGCUUUCAUGUUGUUGACGCCAAAUUCUGACCCUACCAUCCGAAUGUCGCAGCAGAAAUCGAGACUCAUCAGACCAGGCAACGUUUUUCCAAUCUUCUAUUGUCCAAUUUCGAUGAGCUUGUGCAAAUUGUAGCCUCAGUUUCCUGUUCUUAGCUGAAAGGAGUGGCACCCGGUGUGGUCUUCUGCUGCUGUAGCCCAUCUGCCUCAAAGUUCGACGUACUGUGCGUUCAGAGAUGCUCUUCUGCCUACCUUGGUUGUAACGGGUGGUUAUUUGAGUCACUGUUGCCUUUCUAUCAGCUCGAACCAGUCUGGCCAUUCUCCUCUGACCUCUGGCAUCAACAAGGCAUUUCCGCCCACAGAACUGCCGCUCACUGGAUAUUUUUUCUUUUUCGGACCAUUCUCUGUAAACCCUAGAGAUGGUUGUGCGUGAAAAUCCCAUUAGAUCAGCAGUUUCUGAAAUACCCAGACCAGCCCUUCUGGCACCAACAACCAUGCCACGUUCAAAGUCAUUAAAAUCACCUUUCUUCCCCAUACUGAUGCUCGGUUUGAACUGCAGGAGAUUGUCUUGACCAUGUCUACAUGCCUAAAUGCACUAAGUUGCCGCCAUGUGAUUGGCUGAUUAGAAAUUAAGUGUUAACGAGCAGUUGGACAGGUAUACCUAAUAAAGUGGCCGGUGAGUGUAUGUCAGAGUCAAGGCCCGCGGGCCACAUCCGGCCCGCGAGAAGGUUUUUUACGGCCCCUGGGAUGAUCUUGAUUUAUUAUUAGAACCGGCCCGCAGACCGCAGCAAGCCGGCAGCCCGCAGAUCUUUUACACGCACCAAUACUACAUUUCCCACAAUGCAACGGUGACGCACCGAGCAGUAGGCUGCUUCGUUUCAAUAUUUAUUAGCACAGCAGUCGUCAGCAUAACAGUAAAAUUAACUUUCAGAUACCCAUCAAAAAUGGCAAAACGGAAGGUGGACACUGAGAACCGGGGGUUUCAAACAAGGUGGGAGUCGGAGUAUAUGUUCACGGAGGUAGCUGGAAAACCUGUGUGUCUUCUGUGUGGAGAAAGUGUGGCGGUACUGAAAGAGUAUAAUCUGAGACAUUAUGAAACGAAACACGCGGACAAAAACAAGAAUACGGACAUGGAACAAAAAAAAUAUUUCAGUUGAGUGGAUGAUAGAAAAUUGCUAUUAUUAUUUUUUUCUUUGAAGUAAAUUUAGCCCACUUUUGCUAAAAUAGAAAAUAUAGGCUACUGAUGCCUUGAAUAAUACCGGUUUCUUUCAUUUAAUGUUCAUGUUAUGGGGAUUUUUAUAUAAAGGAAAUUUGUCUUUUGUGUCUGUUGAAAAUUAAAGAUUACUGACAGAGCCAUAAGAAAAUAUUGCUUUAUUUAUCUGAUCAUGUUGGAAUAUAUUUGUUAGGUUUUCAGUAGGUUCAAUUAGGUUCACUAGACUAUAUGCGUCAUUUAAAAAAUGUUCAAUGAACAUUCGAUCAGUCCGGCCCUCGGCUUGUAGCUAAAUUUUUUAUUUGGCCCUCCGUCCAUUUGACUUUGACACCCCUGCCCUAGUGUCUGAAAUAGGCAUGGGUCAGCUACUGAGAUGUGCCGCAGUUGAGAAAAGUCACAGUUUCAAAGCACUGAUAUUUUCUGUCAUACCGUUCCCACAGUUGGAGCUGCCUCUCCAUCUCACUGAGUUUAAAUGACAGCUAACGCUCUGUGUCAGUCAUGUGUAAUAGGUUAGUAGAUGUGCACAUCACAGAGAAACCCUGAGGUGAUAUUUAUGUUAGCUACACCCAGUGUCUAUUUCAGGCCACUUAGUUUAUUAAGUGAAUUUAUUAGUGGCUGUUUUUGCUGAUAGCCUGCAAUGUCCAUCAAGGUACCUGUGUUGCUACUCCAUUCAACCCAGUUUUUUUGGACUGUUUUUUGUGCAUCAACUUCGAUAAAAUACAACCAGCAGAACAUAAUUUGAGAUUAUUCUGAUUAGUCAUUGUAGAAGUGUUUCAUAGUAAAAUCCAUUCUUUUUUUUCAUAUUUUACCAUUGUGUGUGUACCAUUUUUUUCUACUGAGAAAUUUCAAAUUAAGACAAUUUGGAUCGCUAUUUGUAAUACUGCAAUACAGUUCAGAUGUGAUAUUUUUGCUUUGUUAUCAUUUCAUCAGAUUCUUAAACCAGCCUAUGCCAGGUGUGGAAAAAUUGAAUUAUUCACAAUUGAUUUACCUCAGUUUCCAAACUAAUGUGUCUUUAUUUCUACAUUUUUGUAUUUUACAGCUGCAGAGCAUAUCGCAAAGUGGGAGGAUUUCAGGUGACCUGGAUUUAUUAGAUUGUUAAAGAACGAGUUUGUGUUACCUGCUUGUUUGCACUGUUUAAACAUGGAUGACAGCAACUCCUCCAAAGUGAAGCCAAAACUCUUAGAGCUCCCAUUUAAACAGAUGGAGCAUGGGACGGACUAUAAAAUAAAAUAAAAUGUCAGGUCAAUGUUAUCAUGCUUGUGUUAUUUUAGUAUGAUACAGAUUUACAUGGAUGCACUUAUUUUGUGGAGCUGCUUAAUUUUAAUUAGUCAUUUAAUUUUAUAAGAAUGAUUGAUUGACAGCUCUGUUGACAAAUGUGAGCUCUUCCAGUUUUCUUUGGCAGACUAUCUGAGCGGAGGAAAAACAACAAAAGAAAAAAAAGACAAACACUAGCAUAAGAGUGUCUGCCUCAAACCAACACAACAAGAAUCACCUUUGUCUUAAACUGUGCCAACCUGUAGGGUUUGUGACAGUUUAUUGGUAAGUUGACUUUGUGCCUUGUAAGGUGAAAUGGUGUGAUGACAAUCCAGCAGGUUUACCAGCCGGACCACUUCAGCACUAGCUUGGCUGGGCCAUCCUGUUGCAUGAAUCACUAGCCGUUCCUUCCCACAACAGUCUGGACUUCGGCCAAUUGGGAGCGUGUAUUAGAAAUCAGAAAAUAACUGGGCCAAUCAGUGACUUUGUUUCCACUGUUCCCUGGACAACCGUGAAAGGCAGCCCCUGAUUGGUCCAUGUGUAGAUGGUGAUGUCUAACACAUGCUGCAGGACUUUUCAAAGCGCCGUUCAUUCAGAACGCUGUUAAUUCUGCAGUUGACUUUGCAAAGUCGGCAGAAAUCGUUUAUAUCCGCAGAAGAAGACGUAACAGACAUUGUUUGCUCGCACACGUUGAAAUAUUACCAAACCUUUACUUGAUGCUUGAGAGCCCAGCAGGAAACACAGUUGCGCACUGUGAUGACGUCA